UUAAUGACAUAAAGUCGAGACAGUAUUGAGUGAAACGACAAAUUCCUCCGUGUGACACUUAAUAAAAUCAUGAGCGUGUGUUUGCACAAUCAGUUACACCAGUCCAUCUGAAGCACCAUGGUGUCGAACGUAUCGCGUGUCAGGUGUGGAUCAGUUUCCUGCAGAGACACCAGACACCCAUGAAAGGCAGCGUGACACCCUGAGACGGUCAGGUGACCCAGAGGCUGGGUACUGUCGAGCACAACAGUCCUCUCUGCCUCCAGUCUGGGAACACGCAGGUGAAGAUGACGUUCAUCGCCAAGACCUUCUACGACCUGAAGGCCACCACCGUGGAGGGCGACCCGGUGGACUUCAACGUGUACCGGGGCCGGGUGGUCCUGAUAGAGAACGUGGCGUCCCUCUGAGGUACCACCACCCGGGACUUCCACGAGCUGAACCAGCUCCAGAGCAAGUACCCGCAUCGGCUGGUGGUCCUGGGUUUCCCCUGUAACCAGUUUGGAUAUCAGGAGAACUGCUCCAACAGUGAGAUCCUGAGUUCUCUGCAGCACGUGCGUCCCGGCGGCGGCUUCAGGCCCAACUUCACCAUCUUUCAGAAGUGUGACGUAAACGGAGCGAACACGCACCCGGUCUUUGCCUAUCUGAAAGACAAGCUCCCCUAUCCCGAUGACGACCCCAACUCCCUCAUGCUGGACCCCAAAUUUCUGGUUUGGAGUCCCGUCAACAGGACAGAUGUGUCAUGGAACUUUGAGAAGUUUGUCAUCGGCCCAGAAGGAGAGCCGUUCAAAAGAUACAGCAAAAAGUUCCCCACAAUCGAUAUUGAGCCCGACAUCCAAAGACUGUUAAAGCUAACUAAGAGCUAAGAUUAGCCCCUGUGUUUUGUUCAUUCAAGUCUUCUGCCGUCUUCCACACUUUUAAGCCUUAUUAAAUGACGUUAAUAUUCUAAAACCCUGAGGGAAUAUUUCCUGAAGCCACGUGAGAGCUUAACAGUAGUGGACGAUUACAGUGCAAAUGUAUAAUCACCAGGAGAAAAACACAAAUGUCACUUUAUAGGGAUAGUUUAAAAAAAAGAAAAAGA